AUGAAUUUCUUCAAUUAUCAAUAUCUCAAUCGAAAACAUCUGCAAGGUCUCAAUGAGUAUAAAUAUAAUGCUAUUGAUACAUCUCCCUUAUCGACUUACAUCAUGCAACCUUUUUGGAAUUGGGGUGUUGAGUUUUUUCCACGUUGGUUUGCACCAAAUUUAAUGACAUUUCUUGGUUUUCUCCUUCUUGUUACUAAUUUUAUUAUGUUUUCAUAUUAUGACUUUUAUUUUACUGAAUCACUUGUUCUUCCAAGAUGGAUUUGGCUUGUAGCAGCUAUAUGUCAAUUUUGUUCACAUCAGUUAGAUGGUAUGGAUGGAAAACAAGCUCGACGUACAAAGUCUAGUAGUGCAUUAGGAGAAUUAUUUGAUCAUGGAGUUGAUUCAUGGGCUUGCUUUUUAUUUCCUGUGUGUAUCUUUUCGGUUAUAUCACAAGAUGAAUAUGGAUUUAGUCCAAUGGCUAUGCAUGUGCUUCUUUGGACUAUUUAUAUAUCAUUUAUUGAUUCACAUUGGGAAAAAUAUAAUACAAAAGUUUUAUAUUUACCAUGGUCUUAUGAUAUAUCUAUGCUCGUAAUGACAAUAACAUAUUUAAUAGCAUAUUUUUUUACGCCAACUGUUUUUCGUUUUGAUAUUCCACUUAUGAAUAUCCCAUUUACAAAAUUCGUUGAAUAUGCAUGGUCAAUAUUUGCAUUAAGUACAUCAAUACCAAUUAGUAUUAAACAUAUUCGAGCAUCAUAUCGAAAUGGUACAGGUUAUAAUCGUACAUUUUAUGAAGCUAUUCGGCCAUUAAUAUCUCCUAUUGUUCUAUUUAUAUCAUCAACUUGGUGGGGACUUGCUUCACCUCAUAUGAUAAUGCAUAAACAAUCGCGAAUAUUUUUUUCAGCUGUUGGCGCAACUUUUUCAAAUAUUGCUUGUCGUCUUGUUAUUGCACAAAUGACAACAACACGUUCAGAUGGCUUUAAUAAUCUACUUUAUAUAUUUGUUCCCAUACAACUUAUGUCAGUAUAUGGUGCACUUACAGAAAGAAUGGAAUUUAUACUUUUGUUUCUUUAUAAUAUAUUUGUUAUUUUGGCUCAUUUACAUUAUGGUAUUUGUGUGGUUCGACAAAUAUGUGACCAUCUUAAUAUAUAUGCUUUUAACAUAACUGAUCGUUCAAAACAACCACCACCAACUGAAGCUCAUAUCAAACAUUGA